AUGGAAGCUAGGAAGUGGCAUUCAAGAGCCAAGCAAAAUGAAUUUAAAUGGGGAGAUUCAAAUACUUCAUAUUUCUUUAGAAUAGCUAAUGCUAGGAAGAAGAGAAACACUAUUGUGAAGUUGGAUGUGGAAGGGGUAGAAUGUUUUGAUCAAAAUAUCAUUAAGAUGGAGAUGAAGAAUUUCUAUCAGAAGUUGUAUACUGAAGAUAACAAUGUGGCUUUUACUCUGGAUAAAUUGGAGUUUCCAAGGAUAGAUGAGGGGGAGCAAAUGGAGAUGAAAAAAGAAUUCACUGAGGAGGAGGUCUAUGGAGUCAUUAAGAAAUCAGGUGCCAAUAAAUCUCCACGUCCUGAUGGAUUCUCCAUGGAGUUCUACAAAUGUUGUUGGUCCAUUAUCAAAGAAGAUUUCAUGAAGGUGAUGGGGGAAUUUUACAGAUUGAGGGGUGUGAUGCAUAAGUUGGUGUCAGAAAAUCAAGGAGCUUUUGUUAAAGAAAGACAAAUCUUGGAUGGAGUUCUUAUAGCUGGUGAAUGCAUUGACAGCAGGUUGAAGGAGAAAAAACCAGGAGUACUAUGUAAAAUAGAUAUGGAGAAGGCUUUUGAUCGUGUUAAGUGGAAGACUAUGUUAAGGAUUUUGGAGAAACAUGGAUUUGGAGUACUGUCUAAACUAGUGAAGGAUGCAGUUUUAAGAGGCCAAAUGCAUGGGUUUCGGGUGGCGGAAAAUGGCAUCAUGGUUUCUCAUCUGCAAUUUGCAGAUGAUACUUUGAUUUUCAUUAAUGCUAAGGUGGAGGAGAUAAGGAGAUUGUUUAUAAUUCUAAAUACUUUUGAAAUGUUGACAGGGUUAAAACUGUACUUGGAUAAAAGCUCUAUGAUCAGUGUUGGUGUUGAUGAAGUGAUAAAGAUGCUAGCUAUGGAAUUAGGCUGUAAAGUGGAGAAGCUUCCUAUAAGGUACUUGGGAUUGCCACUUGGUGCAACUUCCAGAUGUGCUUCAGUUUGGGAUGAAGUUGUGCAGAGAAUGGAGGAUUCUAGUAAUGAAAAGAGGAAGAUGUGCUGGGUAUCAUGGUUGAAGAUUUGUAAACCUAAAGCUUUAGGUGGGCUGGGAGUCAAGAAUUUGAGGGGAACCAGUAAAGCAUUAAAAGCUAAAUGGAUUUGGAGGUACACUAGGGAGAAGAGGGCUUUAUGGAGAAAAAUUGUGCAGCAGAAGUUUAAGAAUAAUGGAAACAUUUUAAUGCCAAGUGAUGAUGUGAGGCCAAUGGGGAGAAGUGUGUGGAAGAACAUUAUGAACUCUUCCACUUUUUUGCAGGGACACUUGGAAUUCAAAUUGAAUAAUGGAAAAUCUUUGAGAUUUUGGCUAGACAAUUGGAUUGUUGGGGGAUUGUUGAACGAUAGAUACCCUGCAGUAUACAAGGCUUGUAACACUAAAUUGGAUUCAGUUGAAGAGAUGAUUCAGAAUGGCAUUUUGUAUUGUAGUUCAAGAAGAAGAUUGUCUGCAAUGGAGCAGUUGGAAUGGGAUAUGCUAUGUAAUGAAUUGGGUCCAGUUCAUGGGCUGAAUGAAGAGGAGGAUACAGUGGAGUUCUUUGGAGGCUUUACUGUCAAAAUAUGUUAUGAAUUACAGGUGCAGGAAGAGCCAGUUGGAGAUUUCAGCAAGUUUUUAUGGAAGAAAAAUGUUCCACCAAAAGGCAGUUUUAUGGUUUGGGUAUACUUUCAUCAUUCUUUGCCAACACGUACUAUGCUUACACACAGGGGGAUGGAGGUGCAGAGUGAGUAUUGUGUAUUCUGUAAUGCAGCUUUGGAAAUUGCAGAUCAUAUGUUGUUACAAUGUGAUUAUGCUUUUCAGGUUUGGUCUAGGUUUAUGAAGGGUUUUAAUAUUGCUUGGGUAGUUCCAGAUUCAGUGUUGAAUCAAUUUGAAGCCUGA